CUGACUUGGCGUGAACAUGUGGAAAUUGAAUCUGAAAUUUUUGUCGAGAAGAUAACCGAAAUUAGUCCUCGUUUUCUUGUGAAUAUAAAGAACAUCAUGGCUGUCAUUUUAGAAACUUCCCUAGGUGACAUAACUGUCGACAUGUACAGUGAUGAAAGACCAAGAUGUUGCCUCAAUUUUUUGAAACUUUGUAAGAUCAAGUAUUACAAUUUCUGUCUCUUCCACUCGGUCCAGCAUAAUCUUGUUGCCCAGACAGGAGACCCGACAGGCACUGGUCGUGGUGGUGCCUCAAUGUUUGAGAAGCUGUAUGGAGACCAGGCACGCUACUUUGAAAUGGAAACAAAACCCCGCAUCAAGCACAAGAAGCGAGGGUUGAUCUCCAUGGUGAACAACGGACAUGAUAUGCAUGGAUCACAGUUCUUCGUUACCCUCGGUGACGACCUUGACUACCUCGAUGGUGUCCAUACUGUGUUUGGAGAGGUUGCUGAGGGCUUUGAUGUCUUGGAUCAAAUCAAUGAAGCCAUUGUGGACAAGGAGAACCAUCAGCCCUAUAUAGACAUAAGGAUCUACCAUACUGUUAUUCUUGACGACCCGUUUGAUGACCCAGAUGAUCUCAUCGUACCAGACAGGUCUCCUCAACUCACCAAGGAGCAACUGGAAAGUGGUAGAAUAGGAGUAGACGAAGAAAUAGACGACACAAAGGGAAAAACAGUGGAAGAAAUUGAGGAGGCAGAAAAAGAGAAGGAGGCCAAGGCUAAUGCACAGUUCUUGGAAAUCAUUGGUGAUCUGCCAACAGUUGAUGUCCAAGCCCCAGACACAGUAUUAUUCGUGUGUAAACUGAACCCGGUCACCACUGAUGAAGAUCUGGAAAUCAUUUUCUCAAGGUUUGGCAAAAUUCUCAGUUGUGAAGUGAUUAAGGAUCAAAAGUCGGGGGAAUCUCUACAAUAUGGAUUUAUAGAGUUUGAGAAGCCGAGUGAGUGUGAGAAUGCCUACUUCAAGAUGGAUAAUGUGCUCAUAGAUGAUCGGCGUAUUCAUGUUGACUUCAGUCAGUCUGUGGCCAAGGUCAAAUGGAAAGGGAAAGGGAAAGGUGUGGAGCAUCCCAACGAGCAGAAAGAGUACAAGCGUCCAGAGUAUGCUGUUAAGGACAAGUCACACCGGGGAGAAAACUAUGACCUUGUGUUUGAACCACGGGAAGAAAGUGACUCGUUGAAAGGAAACAAGAAGAAGAAGAAGAAGCAUAAGCACAAAGGCAGUCGAAGUCGUAGCAGCAGCAAAGAGAAACAUAAGAAAAAGAGCAAGCAUUCCAAGAAGUCUUCUUCAAGGUCAAACAGUCCACCUAAAGGAUCAAAGAGGUCAAGUAUAAUUAGUCCUAAGAGGUUAAAGAGGUCCAUAUCAAGAAGUCCCACGAGGCUUGAAAAAUCUAAACGUGUGCGUUCUCGCAGUCCGUUGGAAAGGUCGCCGAGUCCAUCCAGCAAAGAGAGGCGAAAGGAAAAGCACUGGCGGCACGAUCGCUCCAGGUCACGAGAAAGGGACAGUUAUGAGAAAAAAGAUAAAUAUCGGGAUAAGCGGGAGCAAUCACGAGAUCAUGAGAGAUCGCGGGAGUGGGAUUAUGAGAGAUCGCGGGAUUCUGAUCGACCUCAAGUGAAAGAUAAGAGGCGGGAACGAGACAGCAGAUAACUAGGGUUGGAGAGAACGAGUUUUAUUCCUACAGUUCUCCAUCUGAAGCACCCCAAAUAUCAUGGUUAUGUAGUAGUGGUGUCGAUAGCGUGACCACCAUAGGUCAUGAACGGUGGGUCAAUUUCUCAUUAUUAAUGUCAAUACUGAACAUGUAAGAAAACAUUUUGCAUUCAUUUUCAUCACUUUUUACCUGUUAUAUUUUCACAUUUUUGGCUCACCGUAAGGGGAGUCUAUACGAUAGCGCUGUGUCCGUCGGCGGCGGCGUCCUCGUUGUCGUCGUCGUCGUCGUCGUCCGUCGUAUCCUGUUUCAGAAACAGUGGCACGUUUCUUAACCGCUAGAGCUAUGAACUUGAAACUUUGUACACAGCACCCCCUAGGUCAGGUGACCUCUGACACUGAAUUUCGGUCCGAUCUGAUUUUCAACUUGGCCACCAGGGGGCCAAAUGUCGAUAUCUAAAAAGUGUGAUAUCUCGCUUAUUAGUGACUUGUUUUCGAUGAAACUUUUGUUGUAGGUACUCAUAGCAAAUAUACAUCUUAUAUCAUACGGGUUUUUAAUUUGACCUACUUUUCAAGGUCACAAAGGUCAUAUGGCGUAAAUUGGCUGUUAGAGUGUUAACUAUGGCACGUUUCUUAACCACUAAAGCUAUGAACUUGAAACUUGGUACAGAUAGCCCCCUAUAUCACAUAGCCUCUGGUGCUGAAUUUCAGUUUGAUCUGAUUUUCAACUUUGCCACCAGGGGGCCAAAAGUGGAAAUCUAAAAAGUGUGAUAUCUCGCUUAUAAGUGACUUGUUUUCGAUAAAAUUUUUAUGGUAGGUACUCUUCGGAAGAAUACAUCACAUAUCUUACGGGUUUUCAAUUUGACCUACUUUUCAAGGUCACAGAGGUCAUAUGGCGUAAAUUGGCCGUGAGAGUGUAAACUAUGGCAUGUUUCUUAACCAGUAAAGCUAUGAACUUGAAACUUGGUGCAUAUAACCCCCUACAUCAGAUAACCUCUGAUGCCGAAUUUUGGCCCGAUCUGAUUCUUUAUUCGGCCACCAGGGGUCCAUAAUGGAAAAAGUAAGAAGUGCAAUAUCUUGCUUAUUUUUAGUGAUUCGUUUUCAAUAACAUUUUCAUGGUAGGUUCUCCUAGCAAAGAAGCAUCACAUAUCAUAUGAGUUUUUGAUCUGACCUGCUUUUCAAGGUCACAGAGGUCAAAUGGCGUAAAUUGGUCGUUUGAUUGUUACUAUGGCACGUUUCUUAACCACUAAAGCUUUGAACUUGAAAUUUGAUACACAUGACUCCCUACGUCAUGUAACCUCGGACACCGAAUUUCGAUCUGAUCUGGUACUCGGCUCGGCCACCAGGAGGCCAAAACAAAAAUAGGUAAAACGUGCAACAUCUCGUUUAUUAUGCUACGUUCACACCUAAUGCGUAUUUAAACCGAAUUCCGUAGUGCGCACUCCGGAAUUCGGACUAGUUAGUGCGGGAUAAAAAUGAUGAGUUCACACUGGGUUAAUUCGAAUCUCAAUCCGCACUAACUGCAUUCAGACACAAUCCGGACUAGAUCGCGGCCAUCGCCAUCAUGUUGUUCAGCCCCGGGCCGAUCAAACAUUAGAGAACUUUCGCCACGCCGUCCGAGAUCCGAUCCGCCGAGAACGGAUCUCGUUCUCGAUCCCGUUCCCGGAAAGUACGUUGCGCGCAUUCGCCACGCCGUUCCGAGGACGGGUAUUUUUUUACGUCACCUGCAGCUCGUUGCUAUGGUGAUUCUGUCAAAAUGGCGGCUGAUCUCAGACGGCUAGGAAAUUUUGCUUUCGAAGAUGACGAAUUGAUGCAGGUUAUGCAUGAACAUUUAUUUUUUGCUGACGCCCAAGAUAAGGAGAGCACGUUUAAUCCCAACUGGCCAAGAUUCGACUUGAAUCGACUGACUGACGCACAAAGCAA